CUCUCAUUAAGCUUGAUGCUCAGUAUCGUCAUUAAUAUUAUUAUCACUGACCUUCAAAGACUCGGUAGUCGAGUACCAAGCUGUCUACUAUGUCCUUUAUAUCCUCUAUAAUCUCCUGGCUUAGUAGCAUAUUCUUCUCCAAAGCCGCUGAAAUAUCCGUGGUUGGACUGCAGGCUUCUGGAAAGACUUCGUUUGUAAAUGUCAUUGGCUCGGGGCAGUGGUCGGAAGACGUCGUUCCAACUGUCGCAUUCAACUACCGCAAGGUACGCAAAGGCGCUGUGACAUUGAAGAUAUGGGAUGUUGCAGGACAGCCCAAGUUUCGCUCAAUGUGGGAGCGCUAUUGUAACGGAGUCGAUGCUGUAGUAUUCGUAAUUGACUCGGCUGACCAAGAGAAGUUUGACACGGCACGCUUCGAAUUGCACCAACUAUUGGCGCAGCCGAAUCUAGCAGGUGUUCCUCUUUUGGUGCUUGGAAACAAGAAUGACGUUCCCUCGCAUGCAUCUGUCAAGGAUAUUAUACACGACCUUCAACUGGACAAGAUACAAGACCGCCCAGUCUCAUGUUACUCGUGUUCGAUGAAAAGCCAACAUAAUUUGGACAUAGUCCUCCGCUGGCUCUCAGAUCGUAGUCAUUAGGCUUGGCGACCCGCUGCGUGGUGUAUGGAACGUAAUCGACAUCGCCCAUUUUCAGGUAUCUAGUAGGGUUGUACGACACUCGUAUUAACGCAGACAUACCAUUAUGAAAUGACCCACAACUUGAGAA